UAAGAGCACGUUUAUUUGUCAGUUUGUUAGAAAUCUCAUGGAGUGCCACCAAUAUGAGGUUUUACAACUGGACCAUAUCCUCCAACGCAAGGGUUAUGGACGCACUCGAUGGAAGAAUAAUACAACAUUUAGGUUGGGAUGUACCGCGUGAAGAGCUCGUUUAUAUUCCAGAGCAUUGGCUCACUUUUCCAGACGUUGACAAAAGCCUUCAUUUUAUGCUCGGAAUUGUGUACUUCUUCUUUUUUGUUGCUGCUAUGGUUGGAAAUGGUAUGGUACUGUGGAUUUUUUGCUCAGCUAAAUCGCUUCGUACAGCGUCAAACAUGUUUGUGGUGAAUCUCGCUUUUUGUGAUUUUGUUAUGAUGUUGAAAGCUCCGAUAUUUCUUUAUAAUACGUUUCAUCACGGAUUCGCUUUGGGCCAUCUGGGUUGCCAGGUUUUCGCAGCGAUGGGUUCAAUAUCUGGGAUAGGAGCCGGUAUGACAAAUGCUUGUAUUGCUUAUGACAGAUAUAUGACAAUCACGCGACCUUUCGAUGGAAAAAUUUCCAAAGUGAAAGCUCUCAUUAUGAUACUUAUCGUUUGGAUUUAUACGGUACCAUGGACUAUAUUUCCGAUAAUGGAAAUAUGGGGCAGAUUUGUACCGGAAGGGUUCCUAACAACAUGCAGUUUUGACUAUUUGACGAGAACAUUCAACAAUCGCGUAUUUGUUGGUACGAUAUUUACUUUUUCUUACGUUUUCCCGAUGCUGCUGAUUAUAUAUUUCUACAGCCAGAUUGUUUCCAAAGUAUUUAGUCACGAAAAGGCUUUAAGAGAACAGGCCAAGAAAAUGAACGUCGAAUCACUUCGGGCUAACCAACAGAAUAGUGAAUCCGCGGAAUUGAGAAUAGCCAAAGCGGCUCUAACGGUUUGUUUUCUUUUCGUCGCGUCUUGGACGCCGUAUGCCGUUUUGGCGCUUAUAGGAGCUUUCGGAGACCAGUCGUUGUUAACUCCCGGCGUAUCGAUGAUACCAGCUUGUACUUGUAAAUUGGUGGCAUGUAUAGAUCCUUACAUAUACGCUAUCAGUCAUCCUAGAUACAGACAAGAGCUACAAAAACGAUUACCGUGGUUGGGAGUAAACGAACCUUCUGAUACUACGUCAACAGUUACAGAAGCAACAGCGCAGCCAACUACAGCUUAAUUGCUGUGUAUAAUGUGAAACAUCGAAUGAGAUGCAAAACUAACGAUUUUGGUACAGUUUAGUACCGAUAAAUUAAAAAAACUGUUUAUCAUGAUAUCGACAAAGCUAUGGACUAUUGAUUAAUGACCAGUUCUAUUGGUAACAUUGUUAAAUAGAAUGUAUGAUAACAACGAAUAGAUUAGUAUGCAAGUGUUUGGAUAAAGACCAACAAGAAGAAGGAAUCAAUUCUGUCAACAAAUUUGGAUUUUACAAUGUUUUGUUAAAUAAAUUGUAUAUUUGAUAAAUGUUAUCAAUGAAUCUGUAUUUUUUACUAAAUAUAUUUGAAGCAAUACAUCGAUU